CUGUGGGAGGGGAGAGAGAGAGAGAGAAGGUACGUGAAACAGUGAACACCAGGUACUUGCCAGGUAUCCUCACGCUUUGAAUGAUUAGGACAUAAUGACAGCUGAAGAUUCUGCUGCUAGGAUGAGUAACGAUUCCUCCAACCUCCAGACAAAUAAAGUCCCUGAAGGUGUGGCUGGUGCACCCAAUGAGGCUGCACUAUUGCAACUAAUAGAGCGCACUGGAUAUACCAUGGUUCAAGAGAAUGGGCAGCGCAAGUAUGGUGGACCACCACCGGGCUGGGAAGGGCUGCAGCCGCCUCGUGGAUGUGAAGUCUUUGUGGGUAAAAUUCCUCGCGAUGUCUAUGAAGAUGAGCUGGUCCCUGUGUUUGAGGCUGCUGGACGGAUCUAUGAAAUGCGCCUGAUGAUGGACUUUGAUGGAAAAAACCGUGGUUAUGCGUUUGUAAUGUAUACUCAAAAAUAUGAAGCCAAACAUGCUAUCAAAGAACUGAACAAUUAUGAAAUCCGUCCUGGUAGGCUGUUAGGGGUGUGUUCCAGUGUGGAUAACUGUAGACUGUUCAUUGGAGGAAUCCCCAAGAUGAAAAAAAGAGAAGAAAUUUUAGAAGAGAUCUCUAAGGUGACGGAAGGUGUGCUGGAUGUCAUUGUAUAUGCCAGUGCAGCAGAUAAGAUGAAAAACAGAGGAUUUGCAUUUGUAGAGUAUGGAAGCCACAGAGCAGCCGCUAUGGCAAGGAGGAAGUUGAUGCCUGGGAGAAUCCAACUUUGGGGACACCAGAUUGCUGUUGACUGGGCAGAGCCAGAAAUAGAUGUUGAUGAAGAUGUCAUGGAGACCGUAAAAAUCCUGUAUGUGAGGAAUUUAAUGAUUGAAACCACAGAGGAUACAAUUAAAAAAGUCUUUGGUCAGUUUAACCCUGGUUGUGUAGAGCGGGUUAAAAAAAUACGAGACUAUGCCUUUGUACACUUCACAAGCCGGGAAGAUGCAGUUCAAGCCAUGAAUAACCUCAAUGGCACUGAACUAGAAGGAUCCUGUCUGGAAGUUACCUUAGCCAAGCCAGUAGACAAAGAGCAGUACACUCGCUACCAGAAAGCAGCGAAAGGAGGAGGAGGAGGAGGAACAACAACAGAAGUUACUCAGCAACCUAACUAUGUUUACUCUUGUGAUCCAUACACCCUAGCAUAUUAUGGAUAUCCAUAUAAUGCUCUGAUUGGUCCAAAUCGAGAAUAUUUUGUGAAAGCAGGCACUAUUAGAGGCAGAGGACGAGGUGCAGCAGGCAACAGAGCCCCCGGCCCAAGAGGUUCGUACCUGGGGGGAUAUUCUGCAGGCCGUGGCAUUUAUAGCAGAUAUCAUGAAGGGAAAGGAAAACAGCAAGAAAAAGGAUAUGAGCUUGUACCCAAUUUGGAAUUGUCUGCUGUCAGCCCAGUUGCAAUUAAGCCGGGCACAGUGGCUAUCCCAACUAUUGGUACCCAGUAUUCCAUGUUUCAAGCAGCACCAACAGCAAAGAUGAUGGAAGAUGGGAAAAUCCAUGCAGUUGAGCAUAUCAUCAGCCCCAUUACCGUCCAACAGGAUCCAGCUAGUGCUGCGGCAGCAGCAGCGGCAGCAGCAGGUGUAAUACCUGCAGUUUCAACACCUCCUCCUUUUCAGGGGCGUCCAAUAACUCCUGUGUACACCAUGGCUCCAAAUGUGCAGAGAAUUCCCACUGCAGGAAUUUAUGGCGCAAGUUAUGUUCCAUUUGCUGCUCCGGCUGCUGCAACAGCGACGAUAGCCACACUACAGAAGAACGCCGCUGCCGCCGCCGCUGCCGCCGCUGCCUAUGGAGGAUAUGCCGGAUAUAUCCCUCAGGCAUUUCCAGCUGCAACUAUCCAGGUUCCAAUCCACGAUAUCUACCAAACCUAUUAAGACUGCUGGCCAUUGUUGGGGGUGGGAACAUUGAAGGAACAUUUUACUAUUUAUGAAGAAAGAACUUACUGCAGAAGAAUGUUUGGAUGUCAGUAAACUGAUGAUAAAACCUGGAAGUGAAGUUUAUAUUAAAUGUAUCAUCAUGUUUGAAAUCUUUUAUACAUAUGAAGUUUUUACUAACUUUUUAGGCUUUUUUAAAAUGUUUAAUAUGCCUGUAUUGCUACAUUUCUAAAAUGGCUUGUUUUUCAAGGCCCAUUCUUCUAUACAGGUUUAUAUACUAUAGUAAGAUUUUAGCAAUUUUAUUUCAUUAUAUUUGUGGUAUGAAGGUUAUAUUUUAGUAAGUGCUGCACUCCACAGAUUUCUAUUUUGUAGUGCCUUUAAUAAUAUAUCAACUAAAUAUUAAAAAGUGAACCUAAGCAGGUAGGGGAAAGUUUUUAAACAUUAUAUUUUAAAGAAUAUAUUCAAUAUUUAAAGACUACAUGCAAUAGAUUUAAAAUAUAUAUAUAUAUAUAUACAAACGUGUGUCUUAUUUAAAAAGUUAAACUGGAAAGUGCAAUUUGAAAGUGACUGAGACCUCUGCUUUAUGUCUGGGCAUUUGUUUGGUUUCUUUGUUAUCUAGAGCCACAACUAAACACCUAUUCUUUUAAAGAUGUCCCAUAAAUUAGCUCAUGUUAAACUAUGCUUAAUCUUAAGGACAACUCUGUUUGCAUUUUCCAUAGAGCCAUCUUUUGUAUUUAUUAGCAUCCUUUAAUUUUCAAACUUGAAGCAGAAGCAAGUCAUUUAUGUUUCAUGGAAAGAUUUUUCUUCAGAUUUGUUCAUUUAUUAUAGAAAUGGUUAUCCUGUAAUAAUAACAACUUAAAAACAACAACACAGAGAUGGGUUUUGUGAAACCCUACGCCUUCACUGCACAUGUGAAUACUGAGAGUACGUAGAUUGCUCCAAACCCUAUCUUCAGGCUUCUAUUUUUAAUGUUGUUCCUUUUUAGAAGGUAGGCUGUCCAGAUACUGUAAAAUCAAGGUUGUUCUCUUCCCCCCUAAAGGGAGGGUCUGUUACUCAGAAGUACAGCACAUGCUUUGCAUGCAUACAGUCUCAGGUUCAAUCUCUGGCAUCUCAGCUAGUAGAAUCAGUUAGCAGGCCUUCCUGAGACCCUUGUGGGAAGUUACUAUUCAGAGUAGUGGCUAGACCAGGGGAAGGCUGUGUGGUGCUUGUGGCCACCAGUGCGCCCCUGGACACCCUUCUUGGCACCCACCAAAGUAUCCUACCCCUCCCACAUUUUUUAAUUUACACAUUUUCUUACCUGCUCUGGGAUUGCUGUGAAAUAGGUUUGUGUUGAUUCUGAAAACUGUGGGUUCAAAGGAGUUGUUUAGUGUUUUGGGGCUCAAGCUCCACCUCUGCCUUGUAGAGCCAGAGUCUUUUGUGCAUGCCUCCCAUGUAGUGCCCAGGAAGUUUCUCAAAUUGCCAAAUGUGCCCACAGCCCAAAAUGGUUGCAUAUCCUUAGCUGCAUGGGCAAAUAGUCUGACCGGAUAUAAGGCAUUUUCCUAUGUCCCUAUCCUGAAGCAAUCAUACUGGGGAUUUAUUUAUGCAAGCGUAUCAUCAUGGGAUAUUUAGCCACACCCUUUCACGACCAUCUGUUAGGCAUGCUUUAAGGUGAAUUCCUGCAUUAAGCAGGGGGUUGGACUCGAUGGUCUUAUAGGACCCUUCCAACACUACUAUUCUAUGAUUUUAUGAGUACCUUGGUCAAUCUCUCUCACUCUUCUGUAAGUGUAUGUCUGUCGGUCUGUCAGAGAGAGAUAGGGAGAUUAUGAACUCAUUCUACCUGUUGAUAUUUGUGGAUCAAUGAGAGUGUGUGCCCUCAAAUCCCAAGCACAAAUAGAACUGUAAAAGAAUACUGCCUGUUUUAUCUAGAUCAGUGGUGUGGAAACUGUGGCUCUCUAAAUUUUAUUGGAUUCCAGUUCACAUCAUCCCCAAUGGUCAGUGUUGAUGGGAACUGAAGUCUAAAUUCUAUAUUCUGUGUUUAGAACUGAACUUAUUGUUUUUAAGAUCUCAGGAUGUGGGUUUAUAAGAAGCCCUAAUUGAGUGUCCUGCCCCUGAGUCAGAGGUUGCUAAAUUAUAUCUAUCCAAGAUCCAUUUUUUUUUCCAGAUUCAGUAGGCAUGGAAAGGAACCACUCAAUAUCAAAUUGUGUUCAUGGUUUUGUUCAGUGCCCACUUGCACAAUAUUUUCAGCUCAUGAUUUAGUUACUGUUGUCAAAAAGUGAUGAUAAACAAAGUCUAUGUUGGAUUAUGAGAACAUCAGUGUACAUUUUCCUCUGUUCUAAGUAUUGAACACUUUGACUCUGUUUGAGCUGCCAAACUAGCAAGGCUUAACUAUCAUCUUAGCCAGUUGCAAAAAAUAGUGGAUGUUAAGCUUCAAUGGAAAAUUCUGGCAUAACCAUUUGCGUGGUAGAACAGUCACGGAAGCAUUGAUUCCAAUGGGGGCAUUUCUCUCUCUCUCUCUCUCUCUCUCUCUUUUAGCAUAAAUGAUCUAGUCCUUAUCUAGUCCUGGGUGUCAAGGAGCUAUACAGGUCACAACUACUGAAAGUCUUAAUCAGCGACUCCUGUAGCUUAGGGAGUUCAUCAGGACCAAUGCACUUUUUUUAUGUGAAGGCCACAGAACUCAACUUCCAAAGAAAACUAGUUGCCCACAUUGUGAAGCUUUUCUAUAUUUGCAUGGAAUUGUGGUCUUGAUUAUAAAUGGUGUUCAAGAGGUGGGACCUAAAUACUCCCAAGUGCUUCCAUGUGCAGAGAUACAAUGACAAAUAGAAAAUUGUGAUUUUCAACAGCUCUUUUCAGCCUUUAGGUUUUCUCAUUUUUUAUGCUUCAAUGGGAAUAACUCCUUUUUAAUUUCAUAAAGCUGUUAUGCUCUAGUAUAAAGUAUAGUCUCAUGGGAUACUUAAUCUUUUCAAGUGUACAUUGUAGAGACAACUAAUGUGUGCUAGUGUAGUCCAGGACCAAAUACACUCUUGUUUUUAGAAAAUACUACUUUUUAAAGUAGCUUUAUCCAGUUUCAUGUGGAGGUCGGGGGUUAAUAAUAAAUACUUAAGUGGGUUUUAUUCUCUUGCCUUAUUCUUCUUUCCACUUACUGUUCCCAUUACCAUUAAUGGGAGUUACGCAUGCACAUCGGAGAAGGAAGCAAUUUGGUCCACUAUAAAUUAAAAACACACACAUGUAAAUACCUUCACAAUACAAUUUAGAAGUUGUUUUGGUUUUGCUGUUUCUCAUGGUUAUGUGGCACGCCACAAAGCCAAUGUUUUACUUCAAUGUUAUUAAGAUGUUAAGUAAUGUUAUUGCAGUGUUUUGUGGCCUGUUUAAAGGCUUUAUUUAGUAGUGCAGUGAAUGUAAAAUACAGUAAACUUUGCAUUGAGUAUGGUUCAGCCUGCCUUAUGUGACGUACCACCUAAAAAGCUUUUUUAUAGUGAGGUGUGCAACAGAUGAUAUACCAACCACGGGUUGGAUCCAAAGGUCUGUGAAGGGAGCUUCUGGGCGCACAGGGAAGGUUCAACAGCAGCACAUGCACACCCAUUGCCCCAAAGAGAAGCUCCCGUAAGUCUGGACCCUGCUUGUUUUGCACCAUGAGAAGUUAGAAGCAAUUGUGGGAACACUAGUGAUUUGAGCAGAACUUCUUAGGGCCAUGUGCAGCAUCUUGGAUUCCCAAACUAUGCAUUUAAUGUGUGUGGCUCCCUAAGGCAAAAGUCAAGUACACAAGCUUAGAUAGUGACCCUGUUUAGACAACACGUUAAGCCACAGUGGUUAAGCAUUUUGAGCUAAACAUUAUGGCCUAGUGUGUUGUGUGAACCAUUCCUAACCAUGGUGG